CCGUCUCUUCUCCCCAACACUCCGCCGCUUGCAGUUGCCGAGAUCCAGAGAGGGACAACAGAUCUACCCGAGAGCGACAGAUUCCACAAGCGAGAGCGACAGAUCAGCAUGGUGGUGGCGCUGGGACCUGGCCGGUUCUACGGCAGCGGGCUGCCGAGGCCGCGCUUCUUUCCCGGCGACCGCGUCGACCCGCCGGCGUCCGUCACCGACCCGCUCCUCGAGUGGGCGCGCGAGGCGCACUGGUCCAUGGGCGGCUUCGGCGUGAAGCGCCUCCGUCUGCAGGGCCGCAUCGAGGGCUCCAUCGACAAGCUCCGCCGCACCGCGCGCCGCGACGCCAGGGCAAAGGCCAAGGCCAAGGCCCGCUCCGCCGGCCACAUGCCCGCCUCGCUCGCCGCGCUUGGAUCCGACGACGACGCCUCCGAUGGGGACUCCGAGGACGAGGAGGAGGUGGCGGCGCGGGAGCGGGCCAUGAAGCGGGAGCUCGUUGACGAUGACGAGGACUCCGACGAGUCGGAGGAGGAGGAAGAAGAGGAGGAUGAGCCACUCGCGGCCAUCGUCACCGCUGCCAAGAAGAGGCGCGCGAGGAAGCUCAGCGACGAGUUCGAUCGCAUCGCCGUGGAGCAACAGCUGGUGGAGAAGGAGAAGGCGGGUGCCGCGACGCCGGCGAGGACGUCACCAAAGAGGAAGGCUGCCGCACCGGCCGCGGCGCCGGCGAGGGUGUCGCCGAAGAGGAAGGCUUCUGCAUCCGCUGCUGGGGCGACGGCUAGGGCGUCGCCAAAGAGGAAGGCUGCCGCACCCGCUGCGGCGCCCUCAUCGGCGACUGGGGCAAGGAGGACCUCGCCGAGGAACAAGCACUGAGUGCAGUCGCUGUAUGUGCUGCUCUAGUUCUCGAUCUGUUUCUUGGUGAUCAACUGAUCAUUGGGUGUUAGCCUUAAAAAUGUAUGGUGUGGUUGUGUCGCAACUGCUGGAUUGGAAUGUUGAAAUGGAAUCGAAAUGAUGGUUGUCUCUGUAUUAAUCCUUUGAAAUUUGAAUGAUGAUGAAAUGGAAUCGAUUUGAUGGUUGUCUCUA